AUGGCACCGUACUGGGGGGAAACAGCAGCCCACCUUCCCUGUCACAUCUCCCAGGAUGCGGGUGAGGUCACCUCGCCACAGGAGGGCCCCACCGAGGCAGCAACAGAAUGUGCCUCAGGGGAGGAGGUGAUACCUCUUGGAGCUGUGGUGCCAAGGAACACGGCUGCAACAACGGGAACCCCUCUGUUGGAUGGUGGAAUCAGCCACCUUUCAACGUGCGCCUGUUUAAGUGAUAAACGUUUAUAUCCAACAUUUUUUAGGACUGUUCCAAGUGAUGAAUUUCAAAUAUCCGCUUUGGUUCAGCUCAUGAAACAUUUUGGCUGGCAGUGGGUAGGAAUAAUUCACAGUGCUGGGGUAUAUGCAUCUGAUGGUGCAGCUGAGUUCAUUAAGCAAGGAAAGGCAGAGGGUAUUUGUGUAGAAUAUGUUAUUAGCUUUGAAUUGUAUGAUACCAAGAUAGAACAUAAAGUAAAAGAGAAACUCAAAGCCUCCACAUCAAGUGUAGUCCUGCUAUACAUGUCAUUAACCUACAUGAGAGUUUUUUUAAAAAUGGUUAAUGGGAACAAUUUACCUCGUAAACAAUGGAUUGGUAGUGAAGCUUGGAUCUCACAGGUAGACUUGGCUUCCCUUGGGAGUAAGAACGUCUUACAUGGGGCAAUGGGGUUUGCCCUGUCUCGGUCUAUUAUUCCAGGUCUUGCAGAAUUUCUACUGAGCUUGAAAGUGAGUGAUGAACCAGAGAGUGUUAUGAUCAAAGCUUUUUGGGAAAGUUUCUUUGACUGCAGCUUCUCUCCAUCAAAUAACACAAAGCUCUGUACUGGGGAUGAGGAUCUGAGAACAAUCUCCAGUGCCUACACAAACACAGAAUUAAGAUCUGUGAGAAAUGUGUACACAGCAGUGUACUCGAUUGCACAUGCUCUUAAUGCGUUAUUGCGAUGUGAAAAUGGAUUAAAUCCCAUCACAGGAAAACACUGUGUAAACAAGACCGAUAUCGAGCCCAAACAGGUACAGUAUGUUCAUAUAUAUAUAUGUAUUGUGUACUUAAGUACGGACUAAUUUACUUGCUAAUUUGGAAAUGUAAUUGCAGGCUAUAUAUAUAUAUAUUUUACAAUUUCAGUGUUUUCAAAUAACAUAAUAACAUUGAAUAUUCUCUGUGCAGGUACUGGAACACCUGAAGCUGGUGGAUUUCACCGUACUGAAUGGUUACAAGGUAUCUUUUGAUGAAAACGGAGACACUGCGGCAAAG